AUGACGUCCUCUGCAAUUAGAAUUGGCUCAAUCGUAUCACGAAGGGCCGCUGCGCACACACAAAAUCAGAAGUUCCUAGGAUUCUCACCAGUGGCAUCCGAAAGACUCUUUUCUUCAGCAGCUGUUGCACAAAAGCCAAGACGACGCAUAACGGAGAAGAAAGACCCAAUCGAAGUGGUAGGUUCUGCAAAGGCUGCUUCAUUUUAUUCAGAAACUCUAGGCCCGAGUCUUACUCAUGUUGUUUUCUUUUUUCCAUUCGUUCGUGUGAAUUGUGAAUACUAUUUCAAUCGGAAGACCGAGCGAGCAGCAGAAAGAAUCAAAGGCAUCCUGAGCGGAGACAAUGCAGCAGGCGCACUAGGAAUUCGGUUGGGCGUCAAGAGACGAGGUUGUAAUGGACUUUCCUAUACUCUGAAUUAUGCUUUUGAACAACCAGAGAAGGAUGUCGAAAUGGAAGCACACGGAAUCAAAGUGUACAUUGAGCCAAUGGCCUUGUUCAGUGUAGUUGGAACAACAAUGGAUUGGGAAGAAACAGAAUUGGCAAGUGAAUUUACAUUUCACAAUCCAAAUUCAAAAGGAGAAUGUGGCUGUGGAGAAUCAUUUACUGUUUAG